CGGCGCGGCGGGAGUCGGCCCAGGGCCGGACACCCCCGGUCUCACCGGGCUGGGCUCGGACCCGCUUCUGGCGGCUGCCACGGGCCGGGCCGGGAGCUGCGGGGCAGCGGGAGUGGUGCAGAGAGGCAUCUGUGUGUCCCGUGGAGUGAGGAGGGAGUGUGGGGCUGCGGCCGGCCGGCAGGCAUGGUGGGAUACGACCCCGAAGCCAAGUGCGUGUCCUCGGCGGAAGCGGCUGCAGCAGGAUCGGCGUCCGGCUUCGUAACUCGGGUCCUUGUCAGCCCCUUGGAUGUCCUCAAGAUCCGCUUUCAGCUCCAGAUUGAGCAGCUCUCCUCUAGAAACCCCACGGCCAAGUACCACGGCAUCCUGCAGGCUGUGCGGCGUAUCUUCCGCGAGGAGGGCUUGACAGCCUUCUGGAAGGGCCAUGUCCCCGCCCAGUUCCUCUCUGUCGGCUUCGGAGCUGUUCAGUUCAUGGCGUUCGAGGGUCUGACCGAGCUGGUGCACAAGGCCACCUCCUUCAACGCCCGUGACUCCCUGGUGCACCUGGUGUGCGGGGGCCUGGCCGCCUGCACCGCCACGGUGGCCGUGCAGCCCGUGGACACGCUGCGCACCCGCUUUGCUGCCCAGGGGGAGCCCAAGAUCUACCCCAACCUUCGCCAUGCAGUGGUGACCAUGUACCAGACAGAAGGGCCUCGGACUUUCUACAGAGGUUUGACCCCCACACUCGUUGCUAUCUUCCCCUAUGCUGGUCUCCAGUUCUUCUUCUACAACAUCCUGCAGCAGUUUUCCAAAUGGGCAAUUCCAGCUGAAGGGAAGAAUGGAGCCGGUGUGAAGAACCUUGUCUGUGGCAGCUGUGCUGGAGUCAUCAGCAAAAGCCUCACGUACCCUUUGGAUGUGGUCAAAAAGAGACUGCAAGUGGGUGGCUUCGAGCACGCCCGAGCAGCCUUUGGGCAGGUACGGACGUACGGGGGUCUCCUGGACUGCAUGAGGCAGAUCAUGCGAGAGGAGGGCCCGGGGGGGUUCUUCAAGGGCCUCUCUCCCAGCUUGCUGAAGGCUGCCUGCUCCACUGGCCUCAUCUUCUUUUGGUACGAGCUGUUCUGUGGCCUCCUGUGCGCCAUGAAGAGCCCGGAGAGCACCAAGAGGAGGGAGGGCUGAAAGGGACGUGUGUGGCUCCUGCUGUUCUCCUCAGGAGGAGAGACUGACGGCCCUGCCCUGUCAGCAGCGUGUUGGAAACCUCAGAGCUGCCAGAGCUCCCCCAGCCCGUGGGGAAUCACCUCCUGUGAGCAAGCAGAAGGAGAAGCAACUGCAGUUCUGCUGGAGACACUGAACUGCUGGGCUGAGAGCCGUUCAACAGAGCACUUUUCUUCUGUCUCCUCUCUUAUCAGUGCACAUUUACUGGGGAGAGGGGGAACCAACAGACCACUCCCUAGCAAUGCCUGUGUUCUGGAAAGGCACCCAAUAAAGCAGGUGAAUCCCUGAGCCUGCCCUGGAUCCCAGAGAGGGAAUUCUGGCCCAGCCUGGUGCCGCUUAACCAACCAAACACCACUUCCACUGCAUCUGCACAGCUUUAUUCCCUUGCCCUGUGCCUGCUCUUUGCACCAGAUUCUUGUCUCAGUGUUGCACAGUCACUCCAUCCUGCUGGUGUGAAGUCAGGUAAAACCACAUUAAUGCACAGACCAUCCGUUUUUCUUUCCUUUGCUGCCAGUUACUGCUUCUUGGUCACCCCUUGCUGGCUGAGCAUUCUCUGUCAUCUUAAACACAGCAUGUUCUCUGAUCAUGCUGGACCAGACUUGUUCUUCCUUUAACUCCAGUGAGCUUGACUGCAUGCUGAAUUCCCAUUUCUCUGCCUGGGUGUCUGGCCAUACGGCUCUUGGGGAUUUGCUGUGCCUCACUCAUACUUUUUACAAGCAAACCUGGACAUUAAGAGCCCCACUCUGAGGGGAUUCAAUGCACAAACCCAAUUAUUACUUCAGGGUUCUUUGCUUCAAGGCAGUGAGUAAACAAAUGCUGUAUAGAGUUAAGAAAUAAUUAUUAUUGGAAGAAUUAUUAUUAAGUUGGAAUAAUGAAGGGAAAGUCCUGUGGAAAGUAGUAAUUUUUUUAUCAUUAUUUAUUUAAUAGCACCUUUGAAUGUGUCUAACAAGCAUUUCUAUACUGGCCUCAAAAUAUUUCAGAAUCUCAGUCCUGUACUGGUGCUAGCAGAUGAAAAGAUUUUGACAAGAUUUGCUGAAGUGAAAGGAAUGAACAUCAAAUGGGAAUUGGUUGGCUGAGCGUGAUGUUUCACAUGGGUGAUUGAAUUUGAGAUGGAAAAGUGUUUUUCUGGAGUUUCAAAGGCUUUAUGAGUGGUUAAAAAAACCAACAAAAUAACCUACCAACAACUCUGAUUUAUGUAACAGUGGAAAAGAGGAAAAUCACUUUCUUCCUCGGGUGUGGCUCGACUGUGUGGAAGGCAGAGUUCCCGGGCCUGCUGUACAAAAGCAGUUAGUCAUCUGCAAGGGGUGGACAAGGCAGAGCACUGCAGUUAUUUGGAGGAUGGUUUGACAGUUCUUAACACAGAGCUUUUCCCAGCUCUUUCGCAGUAUUCAGGGUGUUAAUCCCAAAUGGUCUGGCCAAACUCCAGCGUGACCAAUUCCAUUCUGUUGACGCAACUUCUGGCAAUUUUGAGCAUAUCAGCAUUGCUCACUUAUCCUGAGCUAUUGUGAGAGGCUGUUUUUAAAAAACAGCUGUUUCACUGGUGGCUGAGGUAUCUGGAGGAAUUCCUUGCAAGCCCAGGCUGAAUAACUUUGUGUCUGUUAUAGGUUUGAGAUGUGGGAGUACAAAGUGGCCUGCAGGUGAGUGAGCUGCAUAAAAUUAGGUUCAUUGAGCAGUGUCAGUGUCAGGCAGGAGGCCAAUGUGUGAGUCUUGGAGAGAGAGCUGCAUAUACUCUAAAAGUGGCUGUUUUGUUUAGAGCAGAAAAUGCAGAAAAUGUUUCUCCAAAUGCCUCAAUCCUAUUGGCAUUUUCCUGUGUUAUUUAGGCUCUUCUGAGAUUCCUCAAAAUAUUCUUAACCUUUAGCCUUUGUUUAUUGUUCACCUGUUGUUCUUGGAAAGACAUCAUAAGGAAUAAUGAGCUCAGCCUCAUGACAUCCUUCUGAUGGAGAGAAAUGUCUCUUUUCAAAGCAGACACAAACAGGUUGGCUUUGUUACUGUCUUUUUUUGCUGGUGAGAGGAAUGUCAUCGUGGUUAGCAGAAAAUGUUCAGUGCUGACCUAGGCUUCCUUAGGAAAUGGGGACUCAUCCAUCCUGUCUAAACAUUGCAAGACUUGUCUUCCAUUUUUUGUCAAAAAGCUGCUGUUAAACCGCACAAAACAGGGGGAAACUGCUUGGGAACUCAGCAGCAGGGAAGAACAGGAAGAUCUGUGCUCUGUUAAGAUGAUGUUCCUCGGGGGUGCAGUGGAGGCUGGGGAGAUGCUGGCAUGGGCAGCUUGGCUGCUCUGCAGAGAGGGCAGCACUGGAGAGUGUGGAGCAGCUUUUCCUCUCUGGGGUCGCUUUUUCCUCCACUCUGCAUUAACUGGGCUUGCCUCCACCCAGCAGAUGGCAAAGCCGGAGUUUAGGUUAUGCCUGUCUGGCCCAGGCUGUGGAAGAGACACUCCCUGGUCGGAGGCCUUUGGGCUGUGAGUCACAAAUGUUACAGGCCCAUAAAGGCAUCUGGGCUUCCAGUGAGAGGGAGAAAGAUGCGACAACCUCAACAAUAUUAGGAGCUACCUCCGACAAUCUCUUCUUCACCUCUGAUCAGCAGCAUUUGUCCCUCAUAGAUUUCUCAUGUGCAUUUUGCUGGGGAAAGCACUGUAAGAGGAAUGUUGAUUUCUCUGUAGAAUUGAGGCUGAAUGAGGCACUAGGAGGACAGGUCUUAUUUCUCAUGCUGCUCUGGCUAAACACAUGCUGUUAGGAGCUAAAUCUCUUAUAAUUAGUGGGGCAGGAGAUGGGAGAGAUCUGUGGUCACCUUGUUCUCCCGGGUGCUGGAACAGAUUUGCUCUGGGAAGCUGCGAGCUCCCGUUCAGUGUGAAGUGACUCAACAUGGCCAAUGCCUCGCUGUGAGGCUUGGCUGGGUUGGCCAUUGGGAUUUCUUUCACAGCUAAUCCUAUCACCGGGAAUUUGCCUGCAGUUCACCUCACAAGCUGCUCAGCAGUUGCGUUUGUUUUCUUCUAGUGCCUUUUACCAUGAGAACAUCCCAAAGCUCCUUAGCGGGUAGAGUGCUGGUGAGCAGUUGUGCUGUGGUUGUUUUGCAGCUCCACCACGGCACUGAGCCGGCCUCAGACAUGCAAGAUCUGUGAGGAACACGCAGAUCCUGCAGUGCUGGCUGGCUCACCGAGUUCCUAGGACAGUCCCACUCUCAGGAUGCUCAGAAAGAGCUGCAAAGCAUCAUUUUUGACAUGAAAUGAAUGUUUUAUGGUUGAGACUGGAAUAUAUUGUAUUUAACUUGGAUUUAAGUUUCUCUUGUGGUGUAGAAACUGUAACUGGCAUUUUGCUGUGUUGCCGCUGCUGUUUCCUGAAAGCAUCGGAGCACAACACGCACAGUGUGUGCCUACCUUUAAGACAAGGUACAUUAAAUACUUUGUUACGCAG